AUGCGCUUCACCGCCAUCCUCGCCCUCGUCGCGCCGCUGGCCGCAGCCAUCGCUGAGCCUGAGGCCGCUCCCAUGCCCAACAUCGAUGGGGAGACUGCCAUCACCCACCCCAUCGCCCUCGAGCGCGAGGUGGGCAACGCUGGUUCUGCCACUGUGCCUGACCUGACGGUUCGUGAGCCCCCGAGUGGCGUCGAGCUUGUCGCCCGCGCGUGCAGCACCAACGGCUGCAAGUGCAAGAAGGGCUUGCCGCAGGGGCAGUACUGCGGCAACUGCGUCCUCAUCUCGGACGGUAGCUGGGCUAUCACGGCCAAGCGUGUGUCGACGCACAUCUAUGAGUGCAACCCCUCCGGCGGGUGCUGCGACUAUGGGUAUGCGGGAGACUGUGGUGGACUGAAUGCCCGUUGCCGUUAA